CUGUCUUCUCCUACGAUUCCCAGCCUCUUGUAAUGCUUGGUGGCCUUGGUGCACCCGUGUCUCAUCAGCACUUUGGUCAGCUUGCUCUGCCUUCUCAUAGCCCACCGCUGCAGAAAAUGUUAGGUGACACUACACAUCUCCCCAGUUUGUCCCAACUCUUUCAGGCCCCUGAGCAGUUUCCCACAUCCCUCAUUCUCAAAGGAAGGUUCUCCAGGGCAGGGCUCAGCACAGCACUGGCCAUCUCCUCACCUGCCUCCUUCAGGCUCUGGUUCCGGCACAGAAGGCCCACGUUCCCAAUCAUGCGUUUGUCUUCUUAUGCUGUUAAAGUGGCUUUGGAUGAGAUUUUGAGCCAAUGUAAACACCCACCCUUUCGACCACUGGCCGACUACACCGGCCCACCGGGUCUUGGCGCUGAUCAUAGCUAUUCACGACGAUCCAGUCAAGAGGCUUCUCUCAAGAGGAAAAGAGCUUCGGCACGAAAGUCUGUUCCAUCUUCAUCACCUCAACGCCACUCAAAAGUUCGACUUUUGCCGGAGAAAAGCCUAGAGCACCUCUCCCGCCAUGGUUCCAGCCCCAAACCACUGCGUUUGGAAAGCUCCCCCGCUGAACCUCUGAAUAGCUUUGCCCUAGCUAGCGCCAACGUCAAGUAUCCCGGCUUGCAUAGUCGUGGAACAUCCAGAGAGGUGAUACAAGCGUUAAUCAAUUAA